CACUACUUGCUCCACACUGACCUGACCCUCUGUGUCUCUCUUUCAAUUCCCAGCGGCGCUUAAGAAAGACCCAUCUUGAGAAUGACUUACUUUGGAGAUAGUGCACCCGGGGUGUCAGCGACGGUGAUAACCCUGGGAGUCAUCGCCUAUCUAGUCUUUGGGCUGCGCGUACACACAAGGCUCCGCAACAAGGCAUGGGGAAUAGACGACUGGUGUAUGACCAUCGCAAUGGUCCCGUUCACCGUUUUAACGGUUGCAUGUCUUGCAGGAUCUUUCAAGGGAAUUGGAGUUCAUGAACACAAACUGGCUGCGGCGGAGAAGGUCGAAGGCCUCAUGUUUUUUUUUCUUUUCGAAGUCUUCUACUGCGCCGCUAUUAUUCCCAUCAAACUAAGCAUCUCUGCCAUGCUGAUGCGUAUCGCAUGGGGGAAAAAGAAGUACAUACACAGCCUGUACGUCGUGUCUGUGAUGUUUACUGCGAUGAACCUCAUCGCGUUGUUCUACAUCAUAUUUCAGUGCAGCCCUGUGCGAUACGCGUGGGACACUUCCGGUUCAAGCGGUAAAUGCAAUCCCGCGAAAACACUUGCCGACAUCUAUUAUGCUACCACGGCAAUAAACAUUGCCACAGAUUGGUUCUGUGCUAUCCUGCCUGUUCCAAUCCUCUGGAACGUCCAGCUCAACCGCAACGCCAAACUCUCCGUGGGCUUUAUUCUCAGUCUUGGUGCCCUAGCUAGCUUGUCGGCGUGCAUCCGUCUCGUUUACACUGUAAAUCUAACCAAUUCGACCGAUUUCUUAUAUGGGAUAUCCGAUGUCCUGAUCUGGGGAUACGCUGAGAACGCUAUAGGCGUGAUCGUUGGUUGCAUCGCCACUCUUCGCCCUUUGUUUCGACGUGUCUUCAACCUUGGAGGGGACUCGGUGCCGGACCGCUCGACAAGGGAUCAUCAUACAAUGUGGCCCGCAUCCCAUGCACGACACGGUGGGAGAGAUGAGGAGUGGGUGGUAUUGCACGAGCCGACUAAAUCAGAGGCCAAAAGGUCGACAUAUCCGCUGCAGGACUCGGAGAGCAAGGAGAGCAUUCUGGGUAGCGAUAUCAAGAUCACCAAGACUAUCCUACAGAGCGUGACCUACCAGGAAGAGGAAGAGGAACGUCGCAGUCGCAGUAGCAGAAAUUGAGCAAUUCGACAGGUAAUUUGUAGCAAUGCUGGCAGCACAGAAUGUCACUGAUGGC